AUGACCCGCUCAUCCAGCGCACGCGCCGCAUGGCUGCUCUUCCAGCUGUCCGUUGCCAGCGCCGUCGAGCACGGCGGUGGCAGCGGCGACAGCGUGGCAGAAAUUGAGCAGGUGUCCAUCGCCAAGUUUCGAGAUGGUUCAGCGGCCGAGCGUGCUGCUCAAGUGGAGGCUCUGCAGAGGGCUUUCGCCUUGCAAGGCAUGGUCACACUGGUCGACACGGGAAUUGACCAAGAUCUGAUUGACAGGACCAUCAGGGUGAGCCGGGACUUCUUCUCCCUUCCUCGUGCCAGGAAGCAGCACUUCCAUGGCCCCGAGGGAUAUCCCCCCCGAUCCUUCGGAGCCAUCACGUCGCCGCGUGGAAAGCACUAUCACCUUCAGCAGGAGGACGAGGAAGGCAACAUCUUAAACGAAUGGCUUCAGGUGCGAAACACCUCAGUGCAGGUCGAUUGGUCGGAUCCCUACUACUCAUGCCCGGAGGGCCAAGAGCACUACAGCUCGGAAGCCAAGCACCCUGAGCAACAGGAGUGGCCCGAGGAGGUUCCGGGUCUGCAGGAAGCAACGGCCGCGUACUAUGGCGCCAUGGAGGAGCUCUCCAAGGUCAUGUACGAGCUUUUUGCGGUGGCCCUGGGCAUUGAGCCCGACUUCUUCUUGAAGCAGGCGCUUCGAUCUCCGAUUUGGCCGGUGACUAUUGCCCACUACCCUCCUCAAACCCACGCACCUGCUGAGGACCGUGCAAGGAUUCAGCCACAUUGGGAUCGCACGCUUUUCUCCAUGAUCACAAGCAGCGAUGCUGGUGAUGAGGAGUCAGGUGGAGGCUUGCAAAUCCUUGUUGAUUCUGCGACUGGUGAGGGCGUCGAUGGGCGCGCCAAGCUCGAAGGGCGGUCAGUAGAGUGGCGCAGUGUGGUCCGACCCAAAGGUGGCUACGUUGUGAACGUCGGUGAGAUGAUGAGUCGAUGGUCAAACGGCCGCAUGAAGCAUGUUGUGCAUCGCGUGCGAAAUCCCGUUGUGAACCAUACUGACCCAGGAAGGAUAUCUCUCAUGGCAUAUGUCUUGACAGAUUAUGAUUCAGUGGUUGAGUGUCUGCCCUGCAAGACAGAUGGGUCCGAGCCCAUCUACGAAGCGACAUGGGUAGGGGAGCUCAUGAAUUGGGGGAGUAAGCUUCCCAUCUACAACCAGACCAAGCAAGAGAUGAUGCGUCAGGCCCAAGGGCUCUACCUCUCAAAUGGCACUCAAACAUCCCUUGGUGAGCCAACAGAUGUCAAAGCAAUCGAAGCAUCCCUGGCUCUUUGCGAUGCCUCCGGCAGCUCUUGUAUGCCGAAUUCGGCCACGAGCUAA